GCCCGUGCAGUGUAUCUGUGGCGGCCGACAGAGCAACAGCCACAGCGCUGCGCGCCAAUUACAACUCGUCAGCCGCUGACGCAACGGCGCCGUCUGUCCUUUGUUUCUCAGCCACCGACAGAAACGAGAAAAAUUGGAGGGAGCUGGAAUUGCGUGCCUGGGGAAAACGCCCCACCCGUUUCGGCCAUUAAACGCGUGCUUUAGCGCGAGUGUCGUUCCACAAACAGGCCGCGUGAUGCAGCCGCGUUCACGGAUCGGCGGCUGAGCCUCAUUGUUGCAGGCUUUCGGCGUCCCUACAUUCGACUUGUGUGAGUGCUGUCGUGACAACAAUAGGAGGUGCUGGACUGGCGCGAUGCAGCGCCGGCUGGCGUGGACGCUGGUGUGCGCGUGUGGCGCGCUCUGGGCAGCUUCGCGGGCCCUCCUGCAGGUGGCUCUGCUGGCGCCGGCGCACUGGUGCCGCGAGGCGCACGUCGACGCGCUCGCCCAGCAGCUGCCGCUGGCGCCAGAGGAGGUGCGCCAGUUCGCCGUACCUGCUUUGUCUUCAGGUGUGUACAGCAGCUGCGAGCGAUACUCAGAUGACCUGGUGGCAGCUUACAUCCAGUGGCAGCGUGACCACAGGCCGCCAGCACGGGCGCAUGAGGCACCUGUCACCACCUGUGACCAGGGCUGGCACUACAACCUCUCGGCCCUGCCUGCUACCAUGACAAGUGAGCACAACUGGGUGUGCGCAGAUCGAUGGAAGCCUACUGUCAUUAAAACUACUUACUGGUUGAGUGCUGCUGGAGGUAGUGUGAUAUGGAUGAUUAUUGGAAACAGGUACAGCAAAUGUUUUUCGCUGGUAUUUAGUCUGGGUGUUUUGUUGUUUGGUGGUAUUUUGACAAUGAUUUGUACAGCCUUCUCAACAGUUUUGUUUGCCUGGAUAAUCUUGGGAUGUUGUCAGAUGGCUGUUAUGUGCCUGCCUAUCUCAACAGUGAAAGAGUUUUCGUCUUCAAAAACAAACUGCACACUAUAUCAUGUAGCAGUUUGUUUAACAAUAUGGCAGUUAUCACACAUAGCAUCACUGCUUGUAUUUUUUGGUGUCUCACCAUUGCUGACCAGCUGGUGGUGGCUUGCUGCAGUGCUCCCACCUCUUAGUACUGCUUCCCUUCUGCUCUCAGUAUGGUGUACAUGGACAAUACUGAAAAAAUACAAAAAGGAACUUCACUUGCCACUUAAAUCACAGCUUGGAGAAUUAUCUGAUGAUGCAGUGUUGUAUGAUGUACAUUUCCAGAAAGUUACAUUUCAAACAAGAGAUUGUUCUUUGGAAUGCAUGUCUGAACCUGACUGCAAGUGGAGAAAUUAUAUUCUGCUUGCUGUUUAUUGGCUGUUAUGUAGUUGGAGCUACUGGAUGCUGGUGCAAACUUCUCCUUGGCUGGGGGCUAGUGCUGAUGCUGGUGAGCCAUCUUUAUCACUGACUUUGAAUCUGUUCUUGGCUGAACUGCCAUCCUGCUGCUAUCCCGCGCUGAAGCUGCUGUUACCAAACUCUGUGGUUGUUUGUAGGCACAACCUUCUCACCAUGACUGUUCUGCUGACCCUAGCACCAGCUGCAAGUGCUGCAACUUCUUUUGUCAACUGGGUACUGUACAACAAAGCUCUCAUGAUAGAAGUGUGUGUGUCAGCUGUUGGCCAUUUUGGAGCGAUGAGUGCUCUCAGUAUGGCUCGCCUUCUGGGUCUCUCAAGGGCACUCCAUUCAUCACAGUCACUUAUCAUCUGGGAGCCACUUGGAGCAGCCCUUGCAGCAGUGGUGGAAUUAAUUUCGGAACAAAGAGAUACUAAAAUGCUAUUCCUCUUAGUAGGGAUAAUUGCAACAAUAGCAACACUUUGUGCUCCAUCACUGUCUGAAUAUAUAUGUUGUCCGAUAGAUGUGAAGCAGAACAUGUUUCCUCCCUUGUGGAGGAAGUGCAGAUCUUCCAUAAUAGACUCACCCCUGAGCCAACUAUUCCUGGUAGAGAAAACAGAAAGUCACACCAAAUACGACUCCUCCCUGUCAUACACUCCACUUCAGCCAGGAUAAUGAGUGCUUUUGCAGAAAAGGAUUCCAUGUUGUAUGAUAUGGGUUAGCCAACCACAGUAUUCACAAAGAUGAAACUAUUUCAUGUAACAUGAUUGUGUGAUGCAUACAGCCCUACACUUUUUAAUCACUUGCAAUAAAGUGGAAGCAGAUA